UGCUCCUCGCGCCCCUAUCUGAACACUGGGGCCGCAACCCAAUCUACAUCUGGUCCUGGCUGCUCCUCGUCAUCCUGCAAGUCCCGGCCGCGCUCGCGCCCAACAUGUCUGCCCUCGUGGGGAUCCGCUUCGUGCAAGGUUUCGUCGGCAGCGCUCCGCUCACUAAUACCGGAGGCACCAUCGCAGAUCUCUGGGAGCGCGACUACUCUGGCGCCCCCAUGGCCAUUUACGGCCUCAGCAGCACUCUAGGUCCGCCUAUUGCACUCCCCAUCACGGGAUACUUUGCGCAGUAUCUGGGCUGGCGCUGGCUCUUCUGGUUCUUCAUGGCCGUCCUGGGCUUCUCGUGGAUUCUGCUCGCGCUUACUUUGUCCGAGACGCGGCACACUAUCAUCCUGCAGCAGAAGACGCAGCGUCUGCGGGACCAGCUCGCGGCCCACGGCUAUGCUGCUGCGGCAUGCAUCGAAUCACCGCCGAGCAGGGGUCUGGGCCACGUCUUCAAGGUGACACUGACAAGGCCGAUUCGUUUCCUGUUCACCGAGCCCAUCACAUACUGCACUGCGCUGUACAACGGGCUCAUCUAUGGCCUUGUCUUCCUGUUCAAUGAAUCCUUCCCCAUGGUCUUUGGCCACUUGCACCACUUCACGCCUGCCCAGACUUCGCUCACCUUCCUGGGUCUGUGCGUGGGCUCCUUGCUCGCGUCUUUCGCCCACCCGAUCCAGGAGCACCACUACCUCAAGGUGCGCACUCCGGAGGCGCGCGUGUGGCUCUCGCUUCCCGCGUGCUUCCUCCUGCCCGUCUCGCUCUUCUGGUUCGCGGCAUGUAGCUCGGCGAGCGUGCACUGGAUCGUACCGGUCAUUGCCUCCACAUUUUUCGGCGCAGGCAUCUUCGUCGUAGUCCUCGGCGUGCUGAAUUUCGUCCUGGACUCUUACGGCCCCUACACCGCCUCCUCGCUCGCCGGCGUCAUCCUCGUCCGCAACGUCGUCGGUGCCAUCUUCCCGCUCUUCGCCGAGAGCAUGUACGAAGGCAUGGGGUACAAGUGGGCAGGCGUCCUGCUCGGAUUCUUGGCACUCCUGUUCUGCGCCGUUCCUUUUAUUUUCUACUACUGGGGCGUGGAGAUUCGGAAGAGGAGCAAGUGGGCGAGCCGGAAUGAGGGCAUGCAGAGCCACGAGGUGGGUGAGUGAGUGGCGUUCUUGAAAAGGAGGGAGAGGAUUUCGACUGAUGAUGAAGUCGGCCUUGAAGAGGAGGUGGAAAAAAAAGAGGAGGGUGUUUC